CUCAGCCGUCAAGGCGAACGGAGCCUCCGCCGGCCGCUAGACGCGACGCCCGUCUCAGCUCAUCGCAGCCUCGCCAGAGGAGGACGAGCACGGACGCGCGGGCACGCAGCACCAGGAGCAGCGGAGGGAAAGUGCGGACCACCGCCGACCCAGAACCCCUUACCCCUCUCCCCACUUUCCCAUUUCACCUCCCCCUCCCUGUUCUGCUUUCAGACGGUAGGUGCUAUGCAGUCCUUCCGUGAGCGCGCUGGUGGUUACCAUAGCAACCAACCCUGCUACCAGCAGGAGCCCCACGAAUUAUCACGCCUGGAAACGUACCGACAACACCCGCUCCAUGCCCAUCCUCAGCUACCCCACCCAGGACCUGGUCCACAUCCAGGACCGGGCCCCGGACUUUCAAGGUCAACCUACGAGUCCCGAUCUCUAGUAAACGCUUCAAGUGUGUCUUCAACUGGAGGUGCAGGAACGGGAGUUGUACCCAAGGACUGUUACGGCCAACCACCCUACUCGGGUUACCCCGUCAAUGGUGGCGCCAACGGAAACGGCGGAUCGGCCCCUUCGCAGACAAAGAAGAAAAUCCCUAAAUUCCCUCCGCCAAGUUCUAGUCAACACCUACAGGGUCAUGGAGGUUACACUAACCAUAUGGGCCCAGGGACGUACUCAACUCAGUACAUGAGUGGGGGUCACCUCCAGCAGAAAUGGGAAGAUCCGGCUCAGUUGACGACAUACGAGCAUGAGAUGGUUGGGCGUAUGGAGGCAGUGGGUCCUACUACACCUAACUCCUCACAGUACAUGGACCAGAACAUGCGGAGCCACUCCCAGGGCCAAUGCCACCAGCCCCCUACCCCUACUUACCCCAGCCCCCAUCACCAGUCACAGCCAACGAACCCCUCUCCUUUAAUGUAUCCACAAAGUCACCUGCACUAUCCCCAACCUUCCCCGUCUCCUUCACCUUACAUAGAAAAGUGUAGCCCCAUGCCUCCAUGUUAUAAAGGUUACAGCAUGACACCGACAUCUCAAUAUGGCAGACAAAUGAGCAGCCAUAGCACUCUGAAGCAAGGAGGGUACAGGCCAUCCCAGAAUAGCUAUACCUACCAACACUCAAGAGGUUAUGAGCCACAACCGCCUCUGCAACCCAAUGCCCAGGAACCCCACCCAAAAUAUCAACACUUCAGCCAACCACAGCCGAGCUACUGUCUCUCAGAACUGUCUGUAAGGUCACCUGAUCAGUAUUAUCAGACUUGUAGUCCCUCCUCAAGCCACUCUCCCGCUCGCUCUGUUGGACGCUCCCCUUCAUACAGCUCCACCCCAUCACCGUUAAUGACCAAUCCGGAGUCAUUCCAGUAUGGACAACCGCCUAUUACCCCAGGGGCAGCCUCGUUGUCUUCAUCCUCCUCAACGGGCCACCAAGAGCAAGGCAGUAUGCUGUUACCCCCGCGUUCACACCCUUCACCCGGUGUGCCCCAUGCCACAGCCCACAGCUUCACAAACACUCUGCAAGGACCUACGAUGAAGGAGCGUUUUUCAGAGAAGCUGCUGUCUAACCCCAGCUUGUGGAGCCUAAAUGCCCUCACCUCUCAGGUCGAGAACAUAUCCAACAACGUUCAACAGCUGCUGCUUUCAGAGACUCUGGUGGCCAACAAGAAAACCACCAAACGAAACAGUGGCGGAAGCAACAGCAGUUCUGGAAGUGCGGUAUCCUCCAAAAAGGGUGAGGAGUACAAAAGUCCAUAUCCAGAAAGCUCCAGUAGUCUAAGCGGAGGCCCAAUGCAGGACCUUUACUCCAACGUCCAGCAUCAAAGGAUGCCUUUGGAACUACACGAAGGGGGUUACUCCAGCAGUAGUGAUGAACAACUGGAGAGGGGCUACUACUACAGAAACCAGGGCAGGAGCCCAGCACGGCCUCACAGCAACACACAUAUUAACGUAGACACAGUUUCGUCCUGUUCCAUGACAUCUCCAGAUGAUGUGUCCACAAGAUCCGGAGACUCAGGAUUGCACAACUUUACCCCUGACCCAAUCAGGUGUCAGUCAGUGCAAGGAGGAGAUACCACCCCAGUGAAGAGCAUCAGUGAGGGGAGGUCUCCGAUCAGCAUUACAAUUCCGAGUCCUAUUAAACCUGACACCGACUCUUCUUCCGACAUACAGCAGAUCAAUGAGCUUGUUAAAGAGAACUUUGAAGAAUCCGCUUGGACGGACAAAUCAGCUGCUAAAGUAGCAGGUACUAGCCCCAAAACACCUGAAAAUGACAGAGAUGUAACUAAACCCACCGAGAAAGAGGAUAAAUGGUUGGGUGACGACAAAUGCUCUUUUCUUUUCAGCCAAGUAAACAAAGAAGAAGCAGAAAAAGACUUUUGCUAUGCGGAGACUACAUACAAAGGUGUCCAGAGAAAAUAUGACACAAACUCACUUGAACAGUCCCCAGUUGCUUGCUCUAACUCGAGCCACAAUUUCGGGCAAGAAAUAAAAGAAGCAUACAAAUCAGAGUCAUCAACUGCUUCGGAGAGCUCGCUGAAAGUAUUGCCUUUCAAUCCCAUGAGUGACCUCGAACAGGAUCAAUAUUCCACAGAAAAGGAGGACAGCUCAGACAACACCUCUCCCACCCCUCAAAUUGAAGCCAUCGAGGAGUCUCAUUCAAACAUUCAACAUUCAAAACAGAUAGAAUGCAAAGGAUUGAGUGAGGAAGCGGAAAAUGAGGAGGAAAAGGAUGAACAACAAACAGAUGAACUAAAGAUAACUGCUCUUGCCCCUUCCCUGUCUGAUGAGGUGAAAAAAGACCUAGGGAAGGUGGAGAACAUUAGCCAGUCAUUGACUUCUGAGUUCAUGAAUAAUAGACUCGGAUCCGAGAAACCUCCUACAGACCCUUGCAACAGGACAAAGAAUCAAAGGACUGAGCUCCAAAAUGACAAUAAACUUGCAGGAGUCCCCGUACAUCCAAAUGUGGCAGCAGCCCCAGACGCUUCUUCGAGAGAAUCAGCUAUUGGUGACACUGCUCCGCAGCCACAAUCUGCUAUGCCGGUGUUCUCAGCUCUCAAUGAUAAAACAACACCAAACCCAGCUCAGUCAAGGGAUCACAUUGAUCACAGCGACGCUAAAGUGCUAGAGCCAGAUUCUCCUCAGUUGCCUGGGAAGUCAAUACUUCCCUCAGCCCCCUCCUGGGCAGACACACCACCCUCCCCAAAGAAAGGCGAUGAGGACAUGGAGCCUGGCCUCAGCUGCUCCAGUGCCGUGACCCCAUUGGCCAAGCCGGAGCCUGUGGCCCCAUCUGCUCAACCCAGGGCAUUUGGACGUAAGCAUGCAAGAGGGAGAAGGAAAAUUAUGCUUUCAGGUGUUACCAUCAGGCGACAGCCAAGUUUGGAAAGGGAUGAAGAGAAGGAUGAAAAAGAGGACCCCCUGGCUUUAGAGAAAGCCUGCAGGCCUGCAAGCAAAGCUAUACUGUUCUCCGAUCAAACUGACCUGGCCCAACAGGAAUCUAUAGUGAGCCAGACAACCAAAAUGUUAACUGAAGGCCUCACUUCAAGAAUGUGCACACGCUCAUUCAAUUCAUCAGACCCGCCAUCCAAAGGCCAGACUCAUUUGAAGAGGAAACCAGGGCCAAAACCUGGAGCCACAUCAGGACUAAAAAAUGCAUCAAAACCAGGGCCAAAACUCGGAGGCAAGCCAGGCCCCAAACCUGCCCUUAGGCCUGGACCAAAACCUGAACUUAAAUCAGGACUAAAGGCUGUGCCAAAUUCACCAGAUCCAGCAGAGAAAACAGAGGCUUUGGGCAAACGAAAACCAGGGCCCAAACCGGGGAUAAAACCUGUAUCAAAACCUGGGCUUAAAGCUGUUUCAAAGCCAGGUCCAAAAUCAGGACCUAAGCCUGAACUCAAAUCUGCAGAACUUCCCACACCCACUGAAACUAUACCCAUCAAGGCAACUGUUGGCCGUCCCAAAGGCUCGGUUUCCAAGGUGAAGCAGAAACUACAGGAAGAAAACAUUACACAUGUGUCAGGGCCACAGGGCAGGGCCAAGAAAAAUAUGGAUACUACACUUACACAAAUAAACCAGGAUACAAAAGUAAUAAACCAUGAUGAAAAGUCACAAAAUGUCAUAAAAGCACAAGAGAAUGAAAAUAAAAAUAUGACCUUGAGGUCAAGAAAGCCCUCACAGACAAAAGUGUCAAAAGAAAACGAGAAAAACGUCCAUAAAGACUCUUCAAAACCAGCACUGACAGAAACUAGCACAAAUGAUUGUUCUAAAAAAGCAGAAUGUGUAACUACAGAAAAGUUUUGUACUCCAAGUCCCCAACUCGUGAAAAACAUAGAUAAUCCAACAGAACCUCUUUCACUGCCCCCACCGGAAAAUACUGAAGAAAAAAUAACGCUAGCACUAAAAUGUCAGUCAUCCACAGAAGCCUCUACAGUACCUGGAAAGAAGAAGAGAGGUCCAAAGCCGAAAACAAAACCCCUGCAGCCACAAGCUGCAAAGCCGGAACCCGUUGUCUCCACACCUAAAGAAGGUGAUAUUCCACGGACCAGAAGAAAGAGAGGGUCACCCAGAAAAGAUUCUGAAGUCCCCUACCCACCCAAACAUCUUCCCUGUAAUGUUGUUGAAAAUGAUCAAGGUGAAGUGCCAGUUAUGGCUGCUCAGUGCCCCACCCGAACAAAAGUUCUUCCCCCUCGUAAGGGCAGGGGACAGAAAUAUGAGGCCAUGGUACAGAAAAUCACAUCGCCUGGCUCAAAAAAAUACCUCCAAACGUCUCAUGCAGAAAAUCUCGAUGACACAACAACUAAGGAUGUCGUCAAAGAUGGAGAGACAGCUAUUCCUGUAAAUGGCACUGAAAUGAUGGAAAGUGAAGUGAAAAGCGGACAGGAGGGUAUGAAACACAUAGAAGGGGGCAUAAAAAAGGAGGUCAAACGAGAGAGUGACAAGCAGGAUAUAAAUCAGGAAGCACCAUUGUCAGAGGAGUUGAGACCAACAGUGAUAGAAGAACAUGGAAAUAAUCAAGAGGCAAGUAAAGAACAUAAACCUUUGGCAGUACACAAUGUCCAGAGAACCAUGGAGGCUCAGGUAGACCUCGGUCCUCGAGAAGAAUGGACCCAACAGGUAAAAGCGCUCAUAUCUGCAGAUGUAUCUACGAACAGGUCUUCGAAACGAAAGCGAUGGGCCAUGGUGGAGAGUGCAGAUCCGUCUGCUGCAGCUUUAGAAGCAGGGAACCUAAUAGUAACAACCCCAAGAGCUGCAAAGCAGAGGGCUAUUAAAAAUAACCACGAGAUGCACUUAAAGCAGAAGAGGAAACGAAAAGGUCAGGUUGCAACAGAAGAACCCGAAGCAGCAAAGGAGAUAAAAGUUGAAGUUACAGAGCAACAAGACGGUAUAGCAGAGGAUAUGAUAACCCCUUUAGAGGCGCCUACACUUCCAAUCAGUGCUGAUGAUAUCAAAGAAUGCCCUGAGGUCAACAACACAGAAGUCGUCCAAAAAUCGAAAAGAGGAAGAAAACCAUCAGCAAAUCCAGCUAAGCGGAAACGGGGGAAAGCCUUAUCCGAAGAGAUUUCUGACAAGCCUGUAAAGGUCUACAAAAAGCCAGGGCCAAAACCUGGAAUGAAAGACGCCUUGGAGGUCAUUGAGGCGGUUGUGAGGGCUGCUGGGUGUGAAGCUGAAAAAGUGGAGAGGAAACUACAAGAGACAGAAAUAGACACGAGUGAAAAGGAAGAAAAGGACUUCACGGUGGGCCCUGUGGUGACGACAUCAGAAGAAAAGACCGAGACCAUUUCUGUAAAGAGAAUCAGAACCAAACCAAUCCAACGUCACCCUUUGUCUUUCUGUCCGCACGUGCGAAUGAACAACUCCAGAGACUUUUCAUCUUGGUGUGCUAUUAUCAACAAGCCCGAGGAUACGCAUGUAUUUCAAAGACGGAGAAAAAAGGGAAUUCUCCGAAUGAGGAAUCCUUUCACGGUUGCAAAGGUAGUGCCGCACACUGCAGCCAUGCUACGAGGACCCGCUGUCAAUACUGAUCUGAAAGGCAGGCAGGUUACGUGUUGCCUGUGCGGAAAGCCCUCAAACUAUAGAGAUCUGGGCGAUCUCUGUGGACCUUACUACGCAGAAGAUCAACUUCCACGGAAACUAUUGACCACUGAGCCGACACUCUUCCCUGGGGAUGUGAUAGAGCACAACAACCAGGGCAAAGCUAGCGAGGAUCCGUGCACAUCAUCAAAGGUUGAAGAAAAGGGAGACAGUCGGAAAGAAUUGCCACAAAAUGACAGGCGAACCAGGCAUCAUCACUGGCCUUACAGACGAGCAGAAAAAAGAGAAAGAACAGGUCGUAAGGACGUUCCUCGAAGAAUUACUCUCCGAGAGAGGUUAAAGAGGAUGAAGCAGCUCCAGUCUUCCGAUAACCAAGAGGGCUUGAUCCAAAAGCUGCAAGAAGAAGCAGAAGCCAGUGAGCACUGGGCUCAUGAAAACUGUGCCAUCUGGACUAAGGGGGUGAUCAUGGUGGCCGGGCGGUUAUACGGACUGAAGGAAGCCGCCGACAACUCGGCCAAAACGAGCUGCCACAAGUGCCAGAUUGCAGGGGCGUCCCUCAGUUGCUGUUGGAGAAGCUGCUCUCAUAAAUACCACUACGUCUGCGCCAAAGAGAUAGGCUGCACAUUCCACGAAGACGACUUCUCCAUCAAAUGUCCCAAACAUGAGGAUUUGUAAGAUAUCCGCAUGGACCACCUCAAAGGAGCAAGGCAAAGAUAAACGGUGUCCUAACAGCCACCAAAUCCUAUAAAAGCAGACAGGAUGACAGCGCGCCCCCAACGCCCGAGGCUCAACUCUGAAAGAUGUUCCUCGAGAGAGCGACCCCUCAAGGACUGGCAAAGCGUUUUGGACCGAGACGCUCCGGGAUAUCGGGGGGCUCCACUUGAAAUGUGGGUGCACGCGUGCCGCUUUCCGACGGGUUGCUAUCACAUUGGCGCACCUGGCCAACAGAGGUUGGACAGGCGCAUCCAUCUGUCCAACUUGUCUGUGGGCCAAAAGGUGCCAGUGUGCGCUUGUCACUCCAUUUCCCGCUGGAUGUGACGCAAAUAUUUACGUGAUGUGAUUACAUUAAUUCGAAAUAUUGCAGCGUUUCGACUCAUUGGUUGUCACUGAUGCCGACGGUGGAACAGACGCCGUCAGUGGCAACUAAUGAUUUGACUACCAUGGCGCCUUGGGGUACGAGUGAGUGUAUGAUUUUUCUAAAAUUGGAGAUAUGAGCACCCUGUUGCAGCAAUUUGGCAGAUAGUACAGCAAUGGUGAUCGGAAAAAAAUCAUGUUAUCACAGAUGUAAAAACAAUGUCUGCUUUAGCUAAAACCACCCUUUUCAUAUUUUCACAAACAAUGGCAGAAGGGGGAAAGCUAAGUAAGUGAACCCUCUGCCUAAGGAGACUUAAAGAGCAAUUCAAAAAAAAAAAUUUACCAGACAAUUUAAGUCAGGUGUGUGCCCAAUCACUGAUGAGUAGUUUAAAGCUGUCUUGCCCACUAUAAAACACACACCUGGUAAGAACUGUCUUGAUGAGAAGCAUUGUCUGAUAUGCAUCAUGGCUGGGUCAAAAGAGCUGUUUGAAUACCUGCGAUCAAGGAUUGUUGAUUUGUAUAAAGCUGGGAAAGGAUACAAACCCAUCUCUAAAUGUCUGGAUGUUCAUCAAUCGACAGUCAGAGAAGUAGUCUACAAAUUGAGAGAGUUUGGCUCUGUUGCUUCUCUCCCAAGGAGUGGCCGUCCACCAAAGAUGACGCCAAGAGUUUAGUGCAGAAUACUCAGAGAGGUAAAAAAGAACCCCGAGUGUCUGCUAAAGACAGAAAUCACUGGCACAGUCCAAUAUCUCUAUGCACACAUCAACUAUAUGUAAAACUAUGGCCAAGAAUGGUGUUCAUGGGAGGACUCCACAGAGGAAGCCACUGCUGUCUAAAUAAAACAUUGUUGCUCGUUUAAUGUUCGCAGAAACGCACUUGGACACCCCACAGAAGAUUUGGCAAAAUAUUUUGUGGACUAAUGAAACCAAAGUUUUGUUUGGGAGUAACACACAACGUCAUGUGUGGAGGAAAAAUGGAACAGCUCACCAACAUCAACAUCUCAUCCACACCGUGAAACAUGGUGGAGGGAGCAUAGUGAUUUGGGGCUGUUUUGAUGUCUCAAGGCCUGGACAACUUGCAAUCAUUAAUGGAAGAAUGAAUUCAAAAGUUUAUCAGGAUGUUUUGCAGGAAAACCUAGGCCGUCUGUCAGACAGUUGAAGCUAAAAAGAGGAUGGAUGCAGCAACAAGACAAUGAUCUAAAACACAGAAGUAAAUCAACCGUAGAAUGGUUUCAGAAGAACAAAAUGCACGUUCUGGAGUGCCCAAGUUAAAAAUCCAGACUUGAACCCUAUUGAGAUGCUGUGGCAUCACCUAAAGACAGCGAUUCAUGCCACACAUCCCAGGAAUCUGACUGAACUACAGCAGUUCUGACGACAAGAAUGGGCCAAGAUUUUUCCUGAUCUUCAACAAUCUGCAGCUAUAGGAAGCGUCUGGUUGAACUUAUUGCUGCCAAAUGUAAUGGUUCACUUACCUAUUUUCUCCCUUAUGUCAUUGUUUGCAUACUAUCCUCAUUAAAAUAUGAAACCUAUAAAUGUUUGGGUGGUUUCAGUUAAAGCAGACACUGUUUUUUCAUCUGUGUGAUUUGACAAAGAUCAGAUCACAUUUGAUGGUGAUUUUGUGGAGAAAUGUGAGACAUUCCAGAAGGUUCCGGUACUUUUGCAUACCACUGUAUACACAAGUUUAUUUAUGUAAAACUACUGAAAUUCUACAGUUUCCUACAUUGAUUAUAACAUGUCAGGGUUUGACCCAUCCACUUUUAAAACUGAAAUUAAAAGUGGAAUGCAACACAUAACAAUUAUUAGGCGGGGGGGCUAUUCAGAUGAUAUGAGUAAGAGGAGGAUUUGGUUAGAAAAUAUAUAUAUAUAUAUUAGGGCUGUCAAACGAUUAAAAUUUUUAAUCGAGUUAAUUACAGCUUAAAAAUUCAUUAAUCGUAAUUAAUCGCAAUUAAUCGCAAAUCAAACCAUCAAUAAAAUAUGCCAUAUUUUUCUGUAAAUUAUUGUUGGAAUGGAAAGAUAAGACACAAGAUGGAUAUAUACAUUCAACAUACGGUACAUAAGGACUGUAUUUGUUUAUUAUAACAAUAAAUCAACAAGAUGGCAUUAACAUUAUUAACAUUCUGUUAAAGCGAUCCAUGGAUAGAAAGACUUGUAGUUCUUAAAAGAAAAAUGUUAGUACAAGUUAUGGAAAUUUUAUAUUAAAACCCCUCUUCAUGUUUUCGUUUUAUUAACAUUUGUAAAAUAUUCAAUAAAAAAAUAAACUAGUGGCCCACCAUUGUUGAUGUCAAUAAUUACUUACACAAUGCUCACGGGUGCUGAAGCCUAUAAAAUCAGUCGCACCCAAGCGCUAACAGAGGGCGGCAAAACUCCACAAAACACAAUUAACAUGUGGGCAUUUCACUGUACUGUCAUUUAAAUCUGUCUGAGCGGGACAUGUGCGUUAAUUGCGUCAAAUAUUUUAACGUGAUUAAUUUAAAAAAAUAAUUACCGCCCAUUAACGCGAUAAUUUUGACAGCCCUAAUAUAUAUAUAUAUAUAUAUA